AAAUUACUUCGGUAAAAAGGAGAAAUUUUACUUGAGCCCUUUACGUUUCAGGUGCAUACUACGCAUAAGAUGAAGCAUCGUUAUGAAGAUCCUGCAACAUUCUCUGCGUAUAUAUCCCAUGUGGGCUAGACUACAAUUUCACAUCGCAUUAGUUUGAUUACAACGUUCAAGUAGAAAAGAUCGUUUUUUGUCUGGCGAAUUAUUUUCUUCGAAUGGAAGUAUUUUAUAAAAAUCUGAUGUACUGACCGCAUAUUAGUCAUGUUUCUGCGUAAUAGUUUGCAAGUACUUAGUCUUGUGGUGUUCUUGAUGUGUUUGGUGUGUUACAUCGAGACAGCAUCCGUUGCUGAUUCACUGGAAGAUAAUUCAUCGCGUGAUGAUCUCAGAAAGCAGCUGCAAGAUGUUAGAGCACAUUUGGAGAAAUUCAAUACGCAUUAUCUCAUAAAUUUAGAACAGAGAAUGCUAAAUGUUUUGACGACGAUGACCAGUCUCGAUAGCAAUGUGAAAACGCUGCAGGAAAAGUCACAAGUUUGGGAUGUUUUUCAACACCACAUUGGUGCAUGGACCGAACAUAUGAAAUCCGUGGAUCACAAACUAGAUUUAAUAAAAAAAAGCCAAGAAAGCACCCCUCAUCCGCUGGAAUCAAAACUCUCUAAUUUAGAUUUCAAAAUCCAACAUAUUUUUGAUAAAGUCGACAUUGUAAAUGAAAAGCUUCAUGAUAUAACCAAAACUGUUUACGCAUUGUCGAGUUCUUAUCGAGCACGUCGAAACGAUCGCAACGAGGCACAUGAGCAAAGUGCAAUAAUGACUAAAAUUAGCAAUCUUCAGAAGCAACUAAAUCGUUUGGAACUUAAUUCUGCCGGUUGCCCAAAAAAGAACGGAAACGGUAAUGGUAAGAUAAAGAAAGAAGUUCAAGAAUUCGACGACGAGCUAGAUGAUUUCCUUGACAAAAUUACCACAAAAAAGUUGAAAGACCUGGCAGUCAGCCGUAAGAAUUCACGUUCCCUUGAAAGUCUUUCAAAUACGCUCCGUUCGGUUGAUGAGCGAACGAUUAGAAUCUAUGAUUUGGAAGCGAAUCAAUUUGAACAAAUCUUAAGCUGCUGCAAAAGAACUGAUCAUGAGAUUACAACGUUCACAAAUAGUGCGGAUAUUCUUUUGAAACGUAUAGAGCGGUUGGUUAUUAACGUGGAUGAUAAAAUCGAGAAGAGAAACAGUUUGCAAUGUCAACGACACAAUAGUUCCACAAGUGUAGAAAGCCAUUUGGAUGUAACAACCGAGCCAAAUGAAGAUUUCGUCAUUUAUACAACAGAGAAUGAUUACAGCAUCUCAACACUUGAUUUAGAAGAAAAUGAUAUAAAAGUGGAUUUUCAUCAACCAGACAAGAGUGGAUGUCAUCAGUUGACCAUUCGAGAAGAUGGUGUCUAUACUUUUGGUUCGAGUGAGCUGAAUGAAGCAAAUCGAGAUAUAAACAGACGAUAUUGUAAGUUUGCAACGGAAGGAGCAGCAUGGACAGUGAUCCAACGGCGGGAGCAUACUGAUUUGCAGGAGAAUUUCAAUCGGUCUUGGAAUGAAUAUAAGAACGGGUUUGGUGAUUUGAGCAACGAAUUUUGGUUUGGAAACAAUUUCAUUCAUAGUCUAACAUACGAUGAUAACGUUGAAUUGAGAAUUGAGCUAUUCGACUUUGAAGGUAAUUCUGCAUAUGCCGAGUAUAAGACCUUUAGAAUAGAUACUGAGCAGUUUAACUUCAAUCUGAUGGUUUCUGAUUACCACGGCAAUGCGUCUGACGCGAUGAGUUACCAUCAUGAUCAAGAUUUCAGCACGUAUGAUCACUCAAACGACAAAUCCAACGGUUUAUUUUCAUGUGCCUUAACAUACGGUAGUGGAUGGUGGUUUAACAGUUGUGCCGAAUCAAAUCUCAAUGGAAUCUAUUAUGCUGAGAAUCCAAGUUCGCACCAAUCAACUGGAAUUCUUUGGGAGCCCUGGCUCGGAGAUUAUUCGCUGAAAUCAACCGUGAUGAUGAUUCGCCCAAGAGAUGUAUGGGCCACUGACGAUGAAAACUCUUCGCAACCCCAGGAUCCAUAAUCGUAUUCUAAUAGGGUGUAACAUAUUUUGAAAUCAACAGUUUCUAGGACUCAGUGUUGCUCGCUUUUCUGUAUCUAUGCACACUAGCGACGAAAGCUGAUGAAAAGAUCUGCUAGUUCUAUAGCUGGACGUAUUUCAUCAACUACAAUGUCAUAAAAUGCUUCUCACAUUAACAACAAACAGUUGUUGUCUGUAUCAAUAGUUGCGUAAAUUAAAAGCUGUUAAAUAACCACGAAAAAUGUUAAGCUGACAUACAUAUUGUUCAUUUUUAUAUAACAAAUUCAACACGACCGAAAAUAAUGCAAAGGUAAAUGAAAAAAAAUAUAUUUUAGUUCACAUA